AUGAAAGAAAUGUCUCUCACUUUUAAGAUAAUCCUUUUGGGAGAUUCCAAUGUAGGGAAAAGCAGCAUUCUCAAAAGAUACUCGGAAAACACAUUUUCAGAACAGCAGACUCCCACAAUUGGGUUAGCUUUUUAUAAGAAGGUUGUGGAAAGAAAAAACAUUAAAAUAACGCUUGAAAUUUGGGAUACUGCUGGUUAAGAAAAAUUCAAGAAGAUUGCACCUAUUUAUUAUAGAAAUGCUUAAGCAGUCUUAAUUUGCUUUGACGUAUCAAAUAGAGAUACUUUGGAAGGAGCAAAGAGAUGGUUGGAAGAAAUAGAUAAAUAUUUAGAUCCUGACUGUGUUAAAUUUCUGGUUGGAAACAAAUAAGAUUAGGGUGCAUUUGAUGUUGAUUAAGCAUUUCUGGAAAGUAAUCAUAUGAAGUAUAUUUAAACAUCUGCAAAGACAGGACAUAAUGUGGAUAUGUUAUUUCGAAGAGUUGCUCGAACUUUGGCAAAGAAUAAAAUAAAAAAGAUGGAAAAUCUUGAUCAAAAAGCAAUCAUAACUCUUUAAGUACAAGGACCAGAAGAAAAAUAAAAAGCAUCUCUUUGUUGUUGA